AUGGACCCAUCUCCCAUACCUCCACCGAAAUCCAUUCCAAAAGUGGCGAAAAUUGGUUGGCGAGCUUUCAUGAUUUUCAAUUUCGGUGUUGGAGCUUAUAUAUUUGCGAAAAAACAUGAAAUGGACAUGGAAGCGGGCGAGAAAAAAAGAAGUAAAAAGGGCAAAAAGGGUGUUGUGAACACCGAGGUCGAGAAGAAAGAUGCAGAAAACAUCAAAGUUGCAGAAACUGAUAAGACUAAGAAACCAGAAACUGCAAUACCGGUGAAGGAAGAAGCCAAACCGAUCCCUGAAGCAGACCCGCUGUUUGAUUUCACAGAUGCAGUUGAUCAGUCGUCGUUUCAGACUGCGGCACCUGAGCCUGUAAAGCUAGCUAGGAAACCGAUUCCAGAAGAUGAUCAAAGGGAGCUUUUCAAGUGGAUCUUGGAAGAGAAAAGGAAUAUAGAACCAAAAGACAGGAAAGAGAAGAAACAAAUCGAUGAAGAUAAAGCUAUUUUGAAACAGUUCAUUCGCGCCGAGAGGAUUCCCAAAUUUCUCCCUGAUGAUUCUGUUGAUUCUUCACUUCGCGAUUGGGACAAAUUCUUCUCCAAGUAG